GCGUGCCUGACCGAGUGGUAGCCUCUGUGCGUCGGCUGCACUGGUCGCAGGCCACAAUGCAGCGGGCAGUGAGCAUGGUGGCCCGCAGGGGCUUGCGUGGGCAGGCGCUUCCCUUGGUCCUGGGCCGUCCACUCAGUGGUGCACAGGACGUGCUCCGUAGGACACCGCUCUAUGACUUCCACCUGGCCCACGGUGGGAAGAUGGUAGCGUUCGCGGGCUGGAGUCUGCCUGUGCAGUACCGGGACAGCCACGUUGACUCACACCUACACACGCGCCGGCAUUGCUCGCUCUUUGACGUGUCCCACAUGCUGCAGACCAAGAUAUAUGGUUGUGACCGGGUGAAGCUGAUGGAGAGUCUAGUGGUUGGAGAUAUUGCAGAGCUAAGGCCAAACCAGGGGACACUGUCGCUGUUUACCAAUGAAGCUGGGGGCAUCUUAGAUGACUUGAUUGUGACGAACACCUCUGAGGGGCACCUGUAUGUGGUAUCGAACGCUGGCUGCUGGGACAAGGACUUGGCCCUCAUGCAGGACAAGGUCAGGGAGCUUCAGAACACGGGCAGUGAUGUGGGCCUGGAGGUGGUGGAUAAUGCUCUGCUGGCCCUACAAGGUCCCACUGCAGCCCAGGUUCUCCAGGCUGGUGUGGCAGACGACCUGAGGAAACUGCCCUUCAUGACCAGUGCUGUGAUGGAGGUGUUUGGUGUGUCCGGCUGCCGCGUGACCCGCUGUGGGUACACGGGAGAGGAUGGUGUGGAGAUCUCAGUGCCAGUAGCAGGGGCAGUCCGCCUGGCAACGGCUCUGCUAGAAAACCCAGAGGUGAAGCUGGCAGGGCUGGCGGCCCGGGACAGCCUGCGUCUAGAGGCAGGCCUCUGCCUGUAUGGGAGCGACAUCGACGAACGCACCACACCUGUGGAAAGCAGCCUCAGCUGGACAUUGGGGAAGCGCCGCCGAGCCGCCAUGGACUUCCCUGGAGCUGCAGUCAUCGCCUCCCAGCUGAAGGGCAAGGUGCAGCGGAGGCGUGUGGGGUUUACGUGCGAGGGGGCUCCUAUGCGGGCACACAGCCCCAUCCUGAGCAUGGAGGGCGCCGUGAUUGGCACUGUGACCAGCGGCUCGCCCUCACCCUGCCUGAAGAAGAACGUGGCGAUGGGUUACGUGCCCUUGGAGUAUAGUCGGCCAGGCACCACGCUACUGGUAGAGGUGCGGCGGAAGCAACAGAAGGCUGUGGUCAGCAAAAUGCCCUUUGUGCCCACAAACUAUUAUACCCUCAAGUGAGGAUGGCCUGGGGCCGGGCCUUCUGCUGGAGGGCGUUCUGCAAGGGGGAAGUCAGGAAGCCAAGGUGGAACCCUGGAGGGUAGGUGGCUAGGGAGCCGGCUAGUCCUGGGUGUCUAGCUGAGGGGAGCCCUACCACCUCAUCCUGUGCCACUUCAAUUUCAAGACCAAUUUCUCAGUGA